AUGUACCUCUCACGACCUCAUCGCAAGCUCCUCAAGACUGUUAAUGGUAAAGAUCAUGCGACUGAAGACGAUCACAUUUCCUCGGAUGYAGCGACCGCGGCACCACUUCCCACUCCACCGGAUACAGGACGGCAGUCACGAUCAAAGAGAAAAAGUAAACCUGGAUCGGAAGUCAUCGACAUUGAUGAUGAUCCYUCACCCCCGAUGAAUGAGAAGAAGGAAGAGGACGACGAUCCGUACCGCGAUCCGGUUUCUAGCGACGACGAUAUGGCGAGCAAGAAGGCGGCCGCGGGGUUUGUGGAUGCACGACCUAGUAUUCCGGACAGGAAGAUUCCGGAGGAGAGCAAGAUGCAGUUCAAGAAGACCACGGUACCCACUCUGAAAGAUGAGACGGAUAAUGUCAAGAAGGCUGCAUUUUGCUUGCCUGGGGUGACGUCGGCCUCGACCACGGCUCCGAAGAGGGACAGAGAGCUCGUGGGUGAUGCGGAGCUCGACGAGGAUAGUGACGGCCCGAUAUUCAGCUCGCAGCCUAAGAAAAAGCCCAAGACUUCUGGGAAUAUACACGUCGCUCCACGAUCGAGUCAGCAGAAGAACUUUGGCAGUCGCCAGAAAGAGACGGAUCAAAGGAGGAAGGUAGCUGAAGAGAUAGCUCGGAAGAAGAAGAAAAGGAAGGAAGAGAAAGAGAAUGAGAGGAAGAAGUUCAAGUCAUUGGAUAUAAAUUUGAGAAGCGGAUCCUCAGCAGCGGCCACAUUCAAGCGUCACGACUUGCCAUCUCUAAAGGGUAGUACAACAGCCGGAGCAACAGAUGGUGUGAGCAAUGUCGACGGCGACUCCUCCCCAUUGAGCUCACUUUCCGCUUCCCCGGAACCGGAUCCGAUGGGCAUCGUAUGCGAGACUUGUCAUGAGAGGGUGAAUAAGCUGGUCAAGGAAGAAUACGACGACGAGUACGUAAAGGGCAAGUCAUGGAACAUUCAAUGGCAGGAAAGAUUCUGUGAAUGGCACCGCACACAGACGGCGAAGGAGUCAUGGAAAGAGAGAGGCUAUCCGGAUAUCGAUUGGACGGGUCUGGAGCGCCGGAUGCAACAACAUGACCCUCUUCUGCUAUGUGUGUUGAGGAAUGAGAAGAAGUCCCAACAUCGAGACGAAUAUGCAGCCAAGGUGAAGGCAAAGAGCAUGAGCGGCGGCUUCAAGGAUUCGAAGAUCAAGCCAGGAGCAACCGUGGGUUAUUAUGGGCCAAAGGGGGAGAAGGCAAUGAGCGAACACAUUUUGAGUGGACUGUCUGACGAAAUCCGGCAGCGUGCGAAGACAGACAGGCUUGUUUCUCCUUCCGGUUAUCAGGGCGGUAUCUCUGGCUUCGUGCAGGGUGUUCUGGUGCCUCAUCUGGCCGAGCUCAUGAUCAAGGAUGACAUGAAGUUGAAGGGACAGAACUGGGCAGUACGAGCGCGAGAACUCAUUGCGGAGAGUGCAGAGAUGGGGGAGCUGGUUAACCCAGAGACGGCCGAUCGUAAUCCCCAGGUUGAGGGUGAGGGUGAGGGACAAGACGACUGGAUGCUUCAAUAG